AUGCAAGUUCCUCGCGCAACCUGCCAACAUUGGGCAGCAGCAAAACAUUCGCAUAUUGAUUGGGACGUUCGUGCGCCCCGAAUGCUCGCUGCAGGCUUUUGCCACGAGGGAAAGAUUUUUCUCAGCGCUCAGAGCGUUGUUGCCAGCGGCCAUGGCAGAGACACCUGCGAGUUUGAAAAGCACGACCCGACCCCAGGCAGACCUGGAACCACAUCUUUGUCCAGAAUGCGAGGGUAUGCCUGCAGCGCCCGAGGUGGAUGGUUGGGAGGCGACGAAGCAAAUCGGCCGGACCCUGGCAUCACUGUGCGGAGGUGGUGGUGA